GGGUACUGGGCUGGGGCAUUGCACCCCCUGAUCCCGAGGUGUAGUCUCGCUGGCAGCUCCUGUGCAGAGCUGGCGCUAGGUCCUCGUCUUAGCGCAACCAGCUCCUGCCUUCUGGAGCCAGGCACUGAGAGUCAUCCGCCCCGCAGCGGCCCCCAAGGCCUCCCUGCAGCACCCCGUAAUGCAAUUCACCGGGGCGGGGGAGGCAGCGGCAGCACCUACGGCGGCGGCGGCAGCACUGCCCCAACCUAGAGACGUCUAGAAAGAGGAGGAAAAUGGCUCCGAGCAGGGACCGCCUGCUGCACUUUGGGUUCAAGGCGACAAUGUUCUCAAACAGUGAUGAGGCUGUAAUCAAUAAAAAACUUCCCAAAGAGCUCCUGCUAAGGAUAUUUUCUUUCCUGGAUGUUGUUACCCUGUGUCGCUGUGCUCAGGUCUCCAGGGCCUGGAAUGUCCUAGCUCUGGAUGGCAGUAACUGGCAACGAAUAGACCUGUUUGAUUUCCAGAGAGACAUUGAGGGCCGGGUAGUGGAAAAUAUUUCAAAACGAUGUGGAGGCUUUUUACGAAAGUUAAGUCUUCGCGGGUGUCUCGGAGUAGGAGACAAUGCAUUAAGGACCUUUGCACAAAACUGUAGGAACAUUGAAGUGCUAAGUCUCAAUGGGUGUACGAAGACGACUGAUGCUACCUGCACUAGCCUUAGCAAGUUCUGCUCCAAACUCAGGCACCUGGACUUGGCUUCCUGUACAUCAAUAACAAAUAUGUCUCUCAAAGCUCUGAGUGAGGGCUGUCCACUGCUGGAGCAGCUGAACAUUUCCUGGUGUGACCAAGUGACCAAGGACGGCAUCCAAGCCCUAGUGAGAGGCUGCGGGGGUCUCAAGGCCUUGUUCUUAAAAGGCUGCACUCAGCUAGAAGAUGAAGCUCUAAAGUACAUAGGUGCACACUGCCCUGAGCUGGUGACUUUAAACUUGCAAACCUGCUUACAAAUCACAGAUGAAGGUCUCAUCACCAUAUGCAGAGGGUGUCAUAAGUUGCAGUCCCUCUGUGCCUCUGGGUGCUCCAAUAUCACAGAUGCCAUCCUGAACGCUCUAGGUCAGAACUGCCCUCGGCUUAGAAUAUUAGAAGUGGCCAGAUGUUCCCAGUUAACAGAUGUGGGCUUCACCACCCUGGCCAGGAAUUGCCAUGAGCUUGAAAAGAUGGACCUAGAAGAAUGUGUGCAGAUCACAGAUAGCACAUUAAUCCAGCUUUCCAUACACUGUCCUCGGCUCCAAGUGUUGAGUCUUUCUCACUGUGAGCUGAUCACAGACGAUGGAAUUCGUCACCUAGGGAACGGGGCCUGUGCCCACGACCAGCUGGAGGUGAUUGAGCUGGACAACUGCCCACUAAUCACCGAUGCCUCCCUGGAGCACUUGAAGAGCUGUCACAGCCUUGAGCGGAUAGAACUCUAUGACUGCCAGCAGAUCACCCGGGCUGGCAUCAAGAGACUCAGGACCCAUUUACCCAACAUUAAAGUCCACGCCUACUUCGCCCCUGUCACUCCACCCCCAUCAGUAGGGGGCAGCAGACAGCGCUUCUGCAGAUGCUGCAUCAUCCUAUGACGACGGAGGUGGUCGACCUUGGUGAACUGAGUAUUUAAUGACACUUCUAGACAUACCAUGGAGUCUCUCCAGUGGAAGCGACCCCAGCGUUCUGGGCAAGGGUUACAAAGCGAGGGCAGCGUCCAGAUCCCCAGAGCCGCACACACACAGGCACGUGCGUCCUCACCCCAUCCUCUGUGGUUCUGUGACCAUGGCUCUGAAGUUCAGACCGGCUGUAACAAGUGGGUUGGUACAACCUAACCAUUCCUGUUGGACAUGCCCAGAAGCAAUCGCAAGCCGUGGUCUAGGGAGGGGCAUUCCAGCAGAGCCCAGUGUUACUGCUUCUGUGGUUCCUUUAUUUUAUUAAGGGGUUUCUGUGGGGGUUUGAAACAGUAACUAUGACCCUCCAGGGUGAGAGGUAGCAUGGAAAACAAUAUAUGACGUAUCCAGGGACCAGAAAGAAAACUUCUCUGCAUCCUAGAAAUGGUAGCCAUCCACUGGGAGAUGCCUACACGACUUCUGGGCUUCCUUGUUCCCAUGCUGACAUGCUGACAUGCUCACAGAGAAGGCUCAUUCAGUCAUCUGGUGUUUUAGUAUUUGACCCAGAGGUUUUUAGCGGCUGCGUUGAAAUCACUGGGGUCCAAAUAGAAUUCCUCUUCUUAUGUGCUCAGUCUGUCACUGUAUGUCACUGCACCUGUCUUCCGUUCUCUCGCUCACUGCCGCGCUCUCUCUCUCUCCUCCAGUCUGUCCUCCUCAGGAUGCUGCCCACUUGAUUGUUACUGUGUUGCUGUUGUGUUUACAGUUUGCAUUUUGGAUGAAUUAGUUGGGGUCACCAAACAUUUUUAAAAGAAACAUCAAUAAAUAUUUUUUUAAUCUAACUUUUACCAUCAGGGGACCCUGCCUGAAUCUUUGCCAGUCUGGAAAGAAAUUUUUACAAAAGCAGGAAAGUUGUUAUAAGAAAUAGUUGGACUGUUUGGAUGAAAAGAAACUGUGCUUUUGUUUCUGUUGUAUCCUAUGCCGAAUGCUCGUUUGCACACUGUGCACUGCCCACCACCCCACCCCACCCCACCGAGCUGUCCGCCACGCAUUUUCUUCCUUCCGAACUCACUGAGCUUACCAAGACAAGAGAAGUGCAUUAGCGUGUAGGGUGGAUGAUGAAUCCCCAAACUGAGCCUGAAUGUCCCCACUACCCAAGCUCAAGCACAAAUGACCAGCGUCCUGUGCCAGCAGGCAUGUGGGAUCUCUGCCUCUGUCGGAGUUACUGGAGUUACUUGAUUUGCAGCAGUGCUGCUGGGGUGGGGGCUGCUGCUGGGGUUUCUCGAUCCCCUCCCACAUUUAAUCCCAUGAGAGAUUCAAGAAGAGCCCUGUUAAUGACUAUCUGCCUGUGUGUUAACAGAAGACCUGAGCAUCUCAGCUGUCUCUGCAUACUUCCUUUGAAGGGGAUAUGAAGGCAGCCAGCUAAGAGCACUGGGGCAGCCAGAGAGCCUGGAGAAGGGAGUGGGGCUCAGAGUCUAUACCAAGCCUGGGCACCUGACACCAGAGCAGAGGGAACAGGUUUAGCACUUAUGGCUCAGAGUCAACAAAAAGCCUCUUCAAAGAAACACACAGAAAAAUGAGAGAAAUUAAAUGAGUUUCUAAGGCAUAUUUCUAAACCCUUGGUAGAAGCCUUGUGAUGUUUAUUGUUGUAUUGGGAGAAAGAGGCUUUUAGGACAUGGAUGUGCAAGCCUUUUAACCUGGCGUGCUAAAAGGACUAUUCUAAUGCUAUCGUGCAUGUUCUGCUAGGAAUAAAGUCUGAUGUAUUUCUGCAUUAAUGUAGAAAACAAUCAGAAGAAAGGGCCUCAAAUGCUAUACCACCACAUUUAUUUAUCAUAUUAAACUUAUUUAAAAUCUUAUUUUAUUAUGCUCUUUUGAAAGCUAAAUUACUUGUGUUUUUAUUCCUUUCCACCUUUAUGUUUAAAUUACCCUAAGAGAAGUCUCUUUCCUCUGAGACCAUCUUGUUACGUUGCUCACCUGACUGGUCUCAGUCACCAGGACUCCAGUUACCUUAGCUAGUGCCCUGAGCGGCUGGGGCUUGGGUGGCUAGUUCUGCUCUACCUGACAGGGAGACUUGUGAACCUCUUGCCCCCCACCCCCAGACAAAGUCCUACUCAGUAGCCCUGGCCGGCCUGGAACUUGUGGUUAUCUUUUUGCCUAGGCCUCCUUAGUGCUGGGAUUAUAAAGUUAGUCUCGGUGCACACAUACUCAUAUACACACUUGCAAAUGUAUUUAGAUGUAGAUCCCCUAGGGCUUUCCAACAAAACCAAAAGAAGUUGAAGGACCAUCAGCUCUAAACUAUGUUGUUUGUUUUUUUUCCCUAAGUGCCUCACAAGUUGACAGUAAGACCUGAGCGCUGAGCAGGUCGCAGGCUGGGAUGGAUUGCCCCAGUCUGAGUCGUUCACGUACUUCUUUUUUUUUUUUUUCAUUAA